ACGUGUUUCCCCUUUCCCAGCGCACAUUCUUCACUGCAAAUACAUUUCUCUUCUUUGUCUUCAUCUUCAACAAAAACUUCUUCUCAAUACGCGCACUACAGUUGAGGCCACUGAAAAAAAUAAUCUCUUCAGUUCUGCUCUUUCUUUCUUUCUAGAAUUUAGUUUAGGGUUUUUGGUACUAGCAAAAAGAAGGUACAAGAGCUACCAGUUUAGAGUUUUAAAAAGGGAAAUAUGGAUUACUAUGAACUUAUUGCAAAAUCCUCUUUCCACGACUCCCUAAAGAUUCUUGAGGCUCAUGUUCAGUAUGCCAAUGCACUGGCGUCUUCUCUUCCAAGAGGCAAGAGUAGUCUUCACAUGAAGCUGGCUUACAGUCACUUAGCAUCCGUCUUCCUCUUUUUGCUCCAUUGGGUUGAUACCUCAUGUUCAUGUCUAUUCACAACUUAUUUAAAUCUUUUCCACAUUGUUGUUCACAAGGUGCACCCGGAUGGGAGGCCAAGCGUAUCUACGUGUGCAAGGAAGGCAACCAUUAGAGAAUUCUACUCUGUUAUAUUACCGUCCCUUCAGCAUCUUCACGCUGAUUUGUCAGACAUUGACAUUGCCAGAGAAGGUUACAAUACAAGUAGGAUGGGUGGGGAAAGAGUAGAUGAUAAACGAAGAUUCCCAGAUAUAGAUUUGGAAAGUGAAGAUGAAUGUGGGAUUUGCUUGGAGCCUGGCACCAAAAUGGUUCUGCCAAACUGUUGUCAUGAAAUGUGCAUUAAAUGCUUCCAUGACUGGAACAACAAGUCAGAAUCUUGCCCGUUCUGCAGAGGAAGUUUAAGAAGAGUGAACUCCGAGGAUUUGUGGGUGCUCACCUGCAGUAGCGAUGUGGUUGAAACACAGACAGUGUUGAAGGAGGAUGUGUUGCGGCUCUAUCUUUACAUAAAUGCACUGCCGAAGGAUACCCCAGAUGCUCUUUCCUUGAUAAAUUGUGAAUACGUUGUCUAACUCUGACCAAUAAGGAGAGAGAAUCAGAGUGGAAUCGGCUAAUCAUCAUCACGUGUAAAAGCAUCUACCUAGAUUCAGUUUACAUGUUUCAUUGUCUUUACGUUUCCCAAAGAACGUGUAUUCUCAAUGUAGUUAGAGACCAAUACACAUAGGAGAUUGAAAA